UGCGUAAGUUACAUUGCGAUAGCUGUUAGCUAUAUUACAAUUCAUGAUAAAUAACACACAUAACAUAAGUGCACUCCAGCAUGCAGAUAAAUAAAUUAAUUAGCUGAUAAUAAUAUUAUAUCAUUUGUGAUCUCGCAGACGAAGGAAGUAAACAUGACUAUUCGUUGGGGAAUUGUUACUUCUGGCAAAAUUUCGCAUGAUUUUGUCAAUGCUUUCAACAGUUAUCCUAAGAAAGGUGACCAAAUAAUAGCUGCCGUUGCUGCGCGGAAUAAAUCUAGGGCAGAUGAGUUCGCAAAAUUGCACAAUAUUGCCAAAGUUUAUGACUCUUACGAAGAUAUGGCAAAGGGAAAUGAAAUCGACGUCGUUUAUAUUGGGGCUUUAAACCCAUAUCACUAUCGUCUUUCUAAAAUGUUUCUCGAAUGUGGUAAACACGUUCUCUGCGAAAAACCAUUAUGUUUGAACUACAAAGAAACAGAAAGCUUAAUCAGUAUUGCAAGAAAGAGAAAACUCUUUCUAAUGGAAGCUAUUUGGUCACGGCUUAAUCCAUUAUACAUGUCACUGGAGAAAGAAAUUCAAUCCAAUAAUCUGGGAGACGUGCAAUUUGUUGAAGUAAACUUCGGAGUUUUAAUUGCGGAUGUAGACAGACUAAAUAAAAAAGAACUCGGUGGUAGUGCUGUUCUUGAUAUUGGUAUUUACGCAUUGCAAUUUGCACAAUUUAUAUUCAAAGAUGAACCAAUUAAAACGACAGCAGUGGGGGAGUUGAAUGAUGAUGGAGUGGAUCUAGUAGAUACGAUUGUACUUGAAUAUAAAGGCGGAAGACGUGCUGUUAUCAAUUUACACACAAAAACAAAACUUUGGAAUAAAGCAACUGUUGUUGGUAGCAAAGGAAGAGCCACGCUCGAAGAGCCUUUCCACUUUCCUCUAACUUUAACGCAUGUUAAUGGUAAACAAGAGAAAAUCACGCUACAUUCUUCAAAACUUGAAUACAAUUUUGAAAAUAGUGCUGGCCUUGUUUAUGAAGCUAUAGAAGUGGCGCGUUGCAUUAAAGAAGGUUUGAUAGAAUCACCACAUCUUACUCACCAGGAUACCUUGGUUCUUGCUAAGCUCAGAGACAUUGUGCGGAAACAAGUUGGGGUACACUUUGAUGUCGAUUAAAAUUAAUAAUUGUUUUGAAAUUUAAUUUUGAUUUUUAUAAUAUUAAAAAUAGUAAGUCAUUGAAAUAAAUAUUUUAUCGAUAUACUAUUUUAUAAAUCUGAAUUAUUAAUCAAAUAUUAUUAUAAUCAAAUAUUAUUGUUAUAAAUAAAAAAUAAAAAAAAUAUUUUAUUCAUAUAGAAUUUUACGAGCCUUUGUGAAUCGCCAUUUUACAAGAUUAGAUUUACUAAUAUAUUAUGCUACGAGAGUUUGGGCUAAAGAUUGCACCGGCGAUAAAAAAGAAAUCAUUA